AUGGGUCUCUUUGCUAGUUUUCUCGAUACGUUCUGUGAGCAUUGCUCCAGCCAGUCCAUCUAUACCCUAGCUGUGGUCGGCAGCUUGUCCUUCAUCGCACUGUCUGUCGUGGUCAAUGUCUUGCGCCAAUUACUUUUCAAAAACCCCCAUGAGCCCCCAGUGGUCUUCCACUGGUUUCCUUUUGUGGGAAGCACCAUCAGUUAUGGAAUGGAGCCUUACAAGUUCUUCAACACCAAUCGCGCAAAGUACGGUGACAUUUUCACUUUCGUUCUUCUCGGCAAGAAGACUACCGUCUACCUGGGCACAAAGGGUAAUGAGUUUAUCAUGAAUGGCAAGCUGCGCGAUGUUUGCGCCGAAGAGGUUUAUUCGCCACUGACGACCCCUGUCUUUGGCCGCAAUGUUGUCUAUGACUGCCCCAACUCCAAGCUCAUGGAGCAGAAGAAGUUUGUAAAAUUCGGUCUGACCUCCGAUGCCCUUCGGUCCUACGUUCCUCUGAUCACCAAAGAGGUCGAUAUGUUCGUUGAGAAAUGCCCUGCAUUUAAAGAGAAUAAGGGUACUUUCGACGUCUCCAAGAUCAUCUCCGAAAUCACUAUCUAUACCGCAUCGCGAUCCCUCCAGGGUAAGGAAGUGCGUGACCGCUUUGACUCUACGUUUGCCGACAUGUACCACGAUCUCGACAUGGGUUUUGCGCCGAUCAACUUUAUGCUGCCCUGGGCCCCGCUUCCCCACAAUCGCAAACGUGAUGCGGCUCAGAAGAAGAUGACCGAGACCUACAUGGAGAUCAUUCGUGAGCGCCGAGAGGCCGGUGGCGAGAAGAAGGAGGAGGACAUGGUCUGGAACCUCAUGUCUUGUGUCUACAAGAACGGUGUCCCGGUUCCUGACGAAGAGGUGGCACAUAUGAUGAUUGCACUCCUGAUGGCUGGACAACACUCCUCCUCUUCUACCGCUGCCUGGAUCGUUCUGCGUAUGGCGACUUGCCCUGAGAUCAUGGAUGAACUUUACCAAGAACAACUCCGAAUUCUCGGUGAGGAUUUGCCUCCUCUCACAUACGAGAGCCUCCAGAAGUUGGAUCUUCACUCCAAGGUCAUUAAGGAAACCCUUCGCAUUCACGCCCCUAUUCACUCUAUCAUUCGUGCUGUCAAGAACCCCAUGCCUGUGGAGGGCACGCCCUAUGUGAUCCCCACCACCCACAACGUCCUCUCUUCCCCUGGUGUCACCGCGAGAUCGGAGGAGUGCUUCCCGCAGCCGCUGAAUUGGAAUCCCCACCGUUGGGAUGAGGACACCGCUCCCAAGGACGAGGAAGAGGAGCAGAUUGAUUACGGUUAUGGUAUGGUUAGCAAGGGUACUAACAGCCCUUACCUCCCAUUCGGCGCCGGCCGGCACCGCUGCAUUGGUGAACAAUUUGCAUACGUGCAAUUGGGCGCUAUCUUGGCCGCACUGGUGCGCCAAUUCAGAUUUUCCAAUCCUGCUGACCGUGUCGGCAUUCCGGAUACCGAUUACUCGUCUCUGUUCUCCAAGCCUCUGGGCAAGUCAUUUGUGCGAUUUGAGAAGCGCGGAACCAAAGAAUAGAUGGAGCUAUGGGCCAGCAAACUCUUUCAAAGUAAAGAGAUGAAUAGAAGCCCAAGAUAAAAGAGCAGCAUGAAUCUGGAACCCGAUUA